AGUUGUUCUAAAAAGUAUCCUUUCUGUUAUCAGUAAGUCUAUCAUUUCUUGAUAAUAAGGAGAUGCAGGUACUUGUGGAGAAUCAUACCUCACAUCAAUGUCUAUAAUACUGUUAUCUUCUCGACAUAUGCUUUCAAUAGGAGAUGAACACUCACUUUCUUUCCCACAUGGAAGUACUUAGGCAUUUCCAAACAAUCAGAGAGCAAUCUCUGGCUAUGGAAUAAAAGGGUGCUGAAAGAUUUCUCUUGAGUCCCAGGAGAGAUUCCUAGAAUGGGAAACCUGACUUCCGUCGAGUUAUGAAGACAUCUGAUUAGCAGGGAGGCAAUGUCAGUUCCCCGUGACAUCAGGGGGUCUCAUGCCUAGACAUUCUAUCGUAUCCUGGAGACUUUAGAAUGUUUUCUGAUGUCACGGGUGUUGUAGCAACACCAACUGCCUUUGGACAGUUGGUUCAGUGCCCUUACAGUUCAGCCAUGAACAUGUUGGCACGACUCAGGCGCCUAUUGGGUAGAGAGAAUGGAGAGGGAAGAGAGACCAGAGAGAGGCAGACACAAGCUGGCCUUCAGCCUCCAUGUAAAAAACCAAAUAGGAAAUGGUCCAGAAGAUGGUACAAGGCCUCCAAGAAGCCACCACCCACUCCAACCUGCCUCACAAAGAGGCAAGUGAAGCAGAAGGUGGAGAGUCUGACCACUCAGCUCCGGGAGAUGACCGCCCAACGGAAUGACCUGAGAGAUCGGCUCAUCUUAGUAACCGAAGGAUCCUUGGACAAGAGGCCCUACCACAGGCCAAAUCCUUUCUAUGAAAAGCUCAAGAUGCAACAUCAGCAGGUCAUGUCAGACCUGCAGAAUUUCGAGAAUGAGAAUUUGGAGGCCUCACAGAAGCUCAGUGAGCUGACCAAAGAGAAAGUCUUACUUUGGUAAGUGCUCGUCUUGACAGAGACCCCAACUGCUGUACA